CAUCCGGUUUGCUACCACGUCUUAUAUGAGGGGGUGGUUGCAUGGCAUUAGUACAUUGGUUCACCCAUGUACACCUUAUCGAGAAUGGUAUUUUUGAAUUGUCUAUAAAUUAGAAGAAAAUGCUGCAUUAUUGAAGUAUUCCUUUUCAUCGCAAUAUCAUACCAGUGGAGUUUUGUGUCCACACUGCUGUUUGGAAUUCUGUAAUGUCGAGCUCCCAAAGUUGGUCUGUGGUCCUCCACGGAGGCUGCAGCAACAACUGCCCCGACGUCGAGACGCAGCACAAAAUCCAGCGAAAUCUUGAAGCAGUUCUGGAAACUGCUGUUUCUGGGCUAAAAGCGGGUGUUACGGCCAGAGAGGUGGUUGUCCAUGCAGUGACAGCCUUGGAAGACUGUCCGCUAUUCAACGCCGGAAAAGGUGCUGCACUGACCAUCGAAGGCGAUCACGAGCUCGAGGCGGGACUUGUCGACGGUCGCUCAGGCUUGUAUGGUGCGGUAUCUUGCCUGAUGACGACAAAGAACCCUAUCCUCGCUGCAAAUGCUAUCCUCCAGCAUGGAGUGCACUGCAUGAUGGUAGGUAAUGCUGCCGAUAGCAUGGCUCAAAAGGUUGGUCUGGAAUCGGUCCCGAACACAUAUUUUGAAACCGCAAUUCGUCGAGCGUACUGGGCAUCAACUAUUCGAAAUCGUCAACGUUCUAUCGAGUUCGAGUCUGGCACAGUUGGUGCCGUUGCCCUAGAUAUCCACGGUCAUAUCGCAGCUGGGGGUUCUAGCGGGGGCAUAUCAGGAAAGAAUAAAGGAAGAAUUGGAGAUACUGCAGUGUUUGGCGCCGGCCUUUUUGCUGACUCGAAACUGGGCGUUACUUGCAGCGGUGCGGGCGACGAGAUAUUCCGGCAACUACUCGCGCGACAAAAGUUGCAACCCAGUAUUCCUGUGGCUUCGACCUUGAGAACGCCACUCGCUUCGCCGUUUCGCACACUGGACGGCCAAGGAAAGCUCUCCAUACAAUCGACAGCUCGACUCUUCUCGACAGCUUCAGCAUCAUCCAAUCACCAGGCAACUGUGGAUAUGAGCUGUACCACAUUUCCAGUGUUACCCCAGCAUGUUUUCUUCCGCAACUGGCGACUUGUCGCCGGUUUGUCGCGCUAUCCUACUACUCGCGGGGAAUCUUUUGUAAUUCUCAAACAACCGGGCGUGCACCUAUUUUCACUUGAACGCAAGGAAUUUCUGGAGAUAAUGUCCAGCGUAAAGAAUCUUGCGAAUGCACUCCGCGACCAUUACAAUGUCGGAAGUUGUGCACUUGUUAUCGAAGGUAAUGGCUCGAUCUCGAUCCUUCCACUGCAUGGUUUGGAGAAAACAUGGAAGCCUGUUACUAGUCACGAAAAGGAAUUCCAUGAAACAUUUCCGGGCUAUAUUUCCUCCAAGGACGGACCAACCAUGGAUGUUGGGAGACUGGCUCAAAUCACUGCUACAAUUCGGCGAGAGACCGAACUCAAGGAGCCUGUGAAUUGCCACUUCGAAGGUGAUGAUGGAGACAGUAAUCUUUUCGCUAGGCUUGUCCGCGGGGAGAUCCCUCAGUCACGCGUUUGGGAGGAUGAAGGACAUGUCGCGUUUCUCACGCCCUUUGCGAACACUCCCGGUUUCACGGUGCUUGUUCCUCGCGAACAUCUCACAAGCGACAUAUUCGGCCUGGAAGAUACUCAUUACAAAAGCCUUAUGGAUGCUACUUAUACUCUCGCUGGCUAUCUGAAGAAGGCAUUUGGAGCACCGCGCUGUGGGAUGAUUUUCGAGGGCUUUGAGAUUAAUUAUGCGCAUGUCAAGCUCAUUCCCAUCCACAGUCGUGAUGUUGGUGGUCAGAUACCAACAUCUAGCCCAACGACCGAGGUGGCGCCAUACGAAGAGCGGUAUUCGGGAUAUGUCACCUCUCUGAAAGGUCCUCUUUUCCAGGAUCAAGAAUCUCUAGCACUCGAUGCGUCAUCUCUUCGAAAAGCUACGUGCGAACACAACCAGCCGAGUCUGUCUUGA